AUGUGGUCACCACCCUGAGGAGGAAGCAUGAAGUGCUUCCAGGCCAUUCUCCUUCUGGCCCUGAUCGUGUUCCUGCUGGCUGGCUUCCUGCACAGGGACAUCAGGCUGUUCGAACCCCUGCUCUGGGGUCAGGCCGAGGGGCCACCCGUCAUCAACGUCAUGUUCCUCAAGACGCACAAGACCGCCAGCAGCACGGUGCUCAACAUCCUCUUCCGCUUCGCGGAGACGCACAACCUGUCGGUGGCGCUACCCGCCGGCUCUCGCUUUCACCUGGGCUACCCCUGGCUCUUCCUGGCGCGCUAUGUGGAGGGCCUGGAGUCCCCCGGCCCGCAGCGGCAUUUCAACAUCAUGUGCAACCACCUGAGGUUCAACCUGCCGGAGGUGCAGAAGGUCAUGCCCGACGACACUUUCUACUUCUCCAUCCUCAGAAACCCCGUCUUCCAGCUGGAGUCCGCCUUCGCCUACUACAGGAAAGACGUGCCCGCCUUCCGGGCGGCGGGCAGCCUGGACGCCUUCCUGGCCUCGCCGCGCACCUACUACCACCGCGGCGCGGGCCUGCGCAACGCCCCCGCCCGGAACGGCAUGUGGUUCGACCUGGGCUUCGACAACGACGCGCCGGCCGACGAGGCGUACGUGCGCGCGCGCCUCGCGGACGUGGAGCGGCGCUUCCAGCUGGUGCUCAUCGCCGAGCACUUGGACGAGUCCCUGGUGCUGCUGCGCCACCUGCUGCGCUGGCGGCUGGACGACGUGGUGGCCUUCCCGCUCAACUCGCGCAGCCCGCGCAGCGUCGCCGGCCUGUCGCCCGAGGCCCGCGCGCGCGCCCGGCGCUGGUGCGCCCUCGACUGGCGCCUCUACGAGCACUUCAACCGCACCCUGUGGGCCCGCGUGCGCGCCGAGCUGGGCCCGCGGCGCCUGCGCUCCGAGGUGGCCCGGCUGCGGGCGCGGCGGCGGGAGCUCGCGGCGCGGUGCCUGCAGGACGGCGAGGCCAAGAACGGGUCGCAGAUCACCGACCGCCGGCUGCGCCCCUACCAGUCGGGCGUGGCCGACAUCAUGGGCUACAACCUCCGGCGGGACCUGGACAACCAGACGCGGCAGAUGUGCCUGAGGAUGGUGACGCCCGAGCUCCAGUACAUGGCCCACCUGUACGCCCGCCAGUUCCCGGGGAAGCCCCCCAAGAACAUCCCCUUCCUGGAGGAAUAGAGGGACGGGGUCGGGCCCCCCGCGUGACUGCAGCCCCCUCCUGCCAUGGCGGGGAGGCCGUGGCCCCAGUUCAUGCGGGGGCGGGGGUGGGGAGCUCCCGCAGCAGCCCCUCUUUAGGGUGAAGACCCCUGUGAAGGCGCCCACCCGGGAUCCAUCCUCUUGGAGGGGCCUUUUCGGUGAGGGCCCCGAUCUCGGACAGUAGGGACACCUGGUCUGAGGGCAUGAACCUGUUCAACAGAAUACGCUCACAUGUUUAAUUAGACGUCAGUACACCGUCCCACGAAGGAACACACACGGACACGCGGUCCAUCAGAGCGCAUGCCAGCACGGCCGGUGGAAGGACCCACUGGACACGUGAACCGUCAGAAGAACUGGAACUCAGAGAACCCAGAGGGGCUUGGGCAGCAGGGCCACGGGUCCCCGAGGGAGCCCACAGUGGCUCCCUGAACUUGCCGGUCACAGAGACACUUGUGCCGCACCCACAGGCGGCACUUGGAUAACAGGCCCAGGAAACUGGUAUGAGGCAGCGAGUCUGGAAUGUUCAGCUUCCCAUCUCUUUGGCUGUAUGAGGUUUCUGUCCAGCUGAAGAAUGGCUUUAGGUUGAGAAAUGUUCCAACUGUGUAUAAGACGCAUGGUUUGGCCGGAGCACAAGGUGGGGGGGGGGUUAGUCCUGCAGCUCCCUGUUGGGACAGCCCCCCGGAGUGUCUGCCGGAGGAGCCCCCGCGGCUGGUGGCACCCUCCCUUGUGCCGGAGACCCCCUCGGAUGCAGCGCCAGAGGGGGGCGGCUUCCAGGCACCCCUGUUUGCCACGCAUGGGGAGGGACGGAGGACCCCCUGCCUAGCAGGACAGGAUCCCUGGCUGCCCCGGGGCCCAGUGCUUCGGGUGGGGUGCACACUGGAACCGGAUGCCCUGUGUCCUGAGAGAAGCGGGGUGCCUGGGGCAGCCAGGAACCAGAACUGCUCUCACACGCUCAGCCUGGAGGCUCAGCCUGGCCUGUCUGCCGGGUGCCCGGGGUCUUCUUCCCUCCACGCCAGGGUCCUCGGCCCGAAGUCCCCAGUUGCCUGGCCGGGAG